CCUUAAAAGGCAGUCGGAACAUUCAGGGCUUCGCCCUGAUACGAGCAGUCUUGUUUCUGUAAGUGUGCAGUUCUCAAGGAAGAUUUAUAGUCUUCAAUUUUUGUGUAGCUCUACAAGAUUUCCUGUUUCUCGCCUUUAUUUCCUGUUCUUCUUACCAAAAUUGAAAAGUUUAAGGUACUAUAAUGGAUGUUGCACCUAGCGAAAUAGAUGACCUAGGUACACUCGGUACCGUUAAACAACGGCAUGAUUAUUCUUCCGCGUCAAGAUCAAAAGUUAAUCACCCGAAAAAGAAACAUAAAUUUAGCGCAGAAAAAUUUCCAUGCAAUUGGGAAGAAAUAGUUUGCGCUUGUCAUUCUGUGAAAGUUUCCCAUUUUUCAUCUACUUCAGGAUUCAAAGAUUACUCUGGGAUCAUGAAUUGGGUUAUCGUGCUACUUGUACUUGCAGGAACGAGACUAGCGUUAGAGAAUGUUCUUAAAUAUGGCGUGCUCAUAUCACCUAAACAGUACUUAUUCAUAGGAAAUGCUUCAUCAUUAACGCUAUCUGGCAUAGUUAUUAUUGUGAAUGCUAAAAUUGGUCUGGCUGUCUGCCUUGAAAAAGCGGUGGCGUCAAAGCGCUUGGCCGCUACAGGUGCUCACUGGUUGCAGUCUCUCAAUUUGCUGGCUCUGAUUCUUGUGCCUCCUGUGAUGCUGCUUCAGUCGCCGCCUCAGCCUCACAUAUCGGUGCCUGUGCUGCUUCUUGUUACAGUCGUCUUCCUCAAACUCAUCUCCUAUAAACAGGUGAACUCGGCGCUAAGAUGUCAGCUUAUGAAGAAAAAAUCAGUCGAGCGAAAUGAGACGGAUACGAAAGCACUUGAAAAUGGAGGAAAUAAUAGCGUUUCAAUAACAGAGAGCGAUGAUUUGAAUGGAAAAACGCCACAACAGGCGACAGCAGAAAGGAAAGAGCAAAUAACAGAGACGCAAAAUGACGCUCGGAAGUUGAUGUAUCCCGAAAAUCUGACCAUUAGAAACAUGUAUUACUUCUUAAUAUGUCCGACUCUUUGCUAUGAACUUGAGUACCCCUUGCCACUCCCUGUGCGAGUAAUAACAUCGGAAUCGGAGGUUUCGGACAGCAGCGAUGAGAGUGAAAUUAAGGUCAAUGGCGUUGUUGUUUCGCAAAAAGAGAAAGAAGCAUUGGGAAAAAGACAGUGGCGUAUCCAUUGGUGGUUUCUGGGACGACGUGUCUUAGAGGCAGUGUCUUUAUCUCUCGUUAUUUUGGCCUUCUUCCAACAAUGGAUUAUGCCUGCACUGAUAAACUCAAACGAGUUAUUUUUGACAAUGGACUACAUGCGUCUGGUGGAGAAGUUGCUGAAGUUGGCAGUGCCCAACCAGAUCUUGUGGCUUCUCUUUUUCUACCUCUUCUUCCACUCCACACUAAAUGCUCUAGCAGAGGUGACUGGAUUCGGAGACCGGGAGUUCUACCUGGACUGGUGGAACAGCCGGAACCAGGCGGAGUUCUGGCAGAAGUGGAACAUCCCGGUGCACAAGUGGGGCAAGCGACACGUGUACAAGCCACUGCUUCAGAGAGGGUUCUCGAAGAUCCAGGCUUCAAUCUUUGUUUUUCUGGUAUCUGCUUUCUUCCACGAGUACCUGGUCAGUGUACCUCUAAAGGUGUUCCGUCUCUGGAUAUUCCUGGGAAUGAUGGCACAGGUUCCUCUGGCAGUUGUGUCAAUGCGACUGACGGCUAGGCAGGGCAACAUUCUCAUGUGGCUCAGUCUCAUAAUGGGCCAACCAGCUGUAGUCUUCAUGUACUACCACGACUAUUACGUCACACAUCUACUCACCCCAGCCAAUACAUAAUAAUUACACCAUCAAAAUCAACUCGUGGUAGAAAAUCAACAAUCAAACCAGAUCAAAAAUAUAUCAAGUUAACAGCAUUGCCAUCAAAACGUGAUCACAACUAGCAGCUCGUGAUCGAAUUAUAACAGGCGAGAAUUAUAAUUGCUCCUACAUGUGAUCAAAAGUGCCAGAAACUGAAAUCAUUGCUAUAUUCACGUGACAACGAUAUAAGAAACAGAAAAUUUGCAGACAACUACAAAAAAUAUCAGGGUCAAUUUAGAAAUGACAUAACCAUUUAGUGUUAGAUAAUAAAUCGCAUCGUUAAUUAAUGCCAUGUUUGGUGGGAUGUGUAAAGAAUUGAUAAUUUAUCAAUUAAUAUGGAUAUUAAAAUGAUACAGUGAAGGCUAAUAUGAAAUAGCUUUUUUAUUUAAUGCUUUCAUCGUAUAAAAAAGAAUACAUUGUCGUACUUGAGCUUGUUUUGCAUCGAGACCAUCACAACAUCUCGUUCUUCAUUUUCCUUUACUCUUGCUGUGCUCUAUAUUCGGGUGCUUGUUGAAAUAUAUUUAUAAAUAGAUUUCGAGUAUCUGUAUAAUAAGCUGGAAAAAUAGGUUUUUAAUUUUAUUUUUGAUAAAAGA